AUGGCAAUGAGAUUCCGUAUCCAAGAUUUGAACCGGAAUUUCUUCAUUCGAAUAAAUCGUCCACAACAAUUACCUCCCGAAUGUCUCGUAGCGGUAUUUGAACUUUUAGAAAAUGAUAUUUCUGCGCUUUAUUCUUGCAUCAGGGUAAAUCGACAUUGGUGUCGUCUCGCCGUCCCCGUCCUUUGGCGGCGUCCGUUUGAACACGUGUAUCCAGAGGUGUAUGGAUCACGCGCAAUCAAUACUUACAUCAAUUGUCUCUCAAAAGAUGACAAACAACGGUUAAUAAGUAGUUACGUUGUUAUGCCUUCUCAACAAGUUCAACCAAUUUUUUAUUAUCCAAAGUUCCUUCAAGGAUUUGAUUGUGAUAAUUUCAUAUCAUCCGUGCGCGCUUGGUUACCCGGUGAUCCGGAACCUGAAUUGAUUCAACUCACGGCUCGGUUGAUUGGAAAUAUGAUCUUUCGUAGAUCACGCGGUUUAAAAAACCUCAGGUACCUACGUAAAGAGGUACCUGAUGACAUGACUUUGGUGGAUUUCUUGACUUAUACGGAAGUGAUUAGAGCGUUAACCAGAUUACAAAGGUUUGAAUUUCGUAGUUCGCACGUGGCGGAUAGGGAUUUUACGCGUGCGUGGCUCAACCUUUUCGCCAAAGCUUCCGCAUCAGCGAAAAACUUGAGACAUAUUACCGUUCACAUCAAAAAGAAGAAUCGCGACUCUUAUCUAGAGCUCGAUCAUUCAAUAACGGAUUUAAUAGGAGUACAAAAAUGUGUGCAAAGCAUCUCGGUGAAUUCAUUUUGGAGUACUUCAAACUCACAAUUAAUAUAUCAAGCCAUGUUACAACAUUCACGAUCACUGAAUUAUUUGAGAAUACAAGGUUUAUCAGAUUUACCCUUGUUAUUUCAAGUGUUGAGAUCUUGUAGAAAUUUAAAAACCUUAGAAUUUGCUCAAAGUUGGAUUAAAGAUGAUAAUUUCACGAUAAUACCUUCAAAGCAUACGUUAAGCAUCCAACACCUUUAUUAUUAUUUUGAUUAUGGACCUUUGGAUUUUAUAAAUGCGCUAUUACAAAUGUCAAGUCACAAUUUAAAAUCAUUUACAAGCAAACAAUUCACUCCUUUAAUCAUAACAACGAUUCGUGAUUACUGUCCAAACAUCAAACACUUAUGUAUCAGAUUAAUACCUUCCGAUUUUGCAUUAUUUGAACAAUUAUUGAACACUUUACAACUUGAACAUUUAACGAUACAAACACCUUAUAAUCAACCUCGAUUUACUCAUGAACAAAUCAUAAGAUUAGCAUUAACGUUACCCGAGUCUUGUACGUAUCUUGGUUUGGAUUUUGAUAUUUAUCCAAACGAAUUAGACGUAUUCUUGUCGAGAUGUAAAGCUAAAUUAAAAAUCCUCGCACUGCAUAAUAUAACAAAAAGUUACCAUAGAUAUUUGGAAGUUAUCACAAGGCAUGCGAAUUGUUUAAGAGAGGUUAGAUUACAAAGGAACAGUUCCAAUAUAUCCUUGACCGAAUAUCAAUAUAAAAAAGCGUUAAAUGGAUUAAAACACCGUUAUGCAAAUAAUUUAUUAAAAAUAUCUGAAGCCAAACCAAUAUCAUUUAGUUAUCAUGCACGUGAUCGUAAAUUAAUUGAUUACGUUAAUCGUGAUCGUGAUCUAUUUAAGAAACAAUGUUAUAUUAACUUCUUUUGCACACUUUGUCAAGAUCCAAGAGAACGCGGCUAUCGACGAAUACGAUACAACCGUCACGAAGAUUACGAUAAUGAUGAUGAUACUGAUAGCGAAUUUCAUAAUGGUGCUGUUGAUCAAUAUACAGAGCAUCUUAAUCGUGUAGAAAUUAUACCUGAAUGUUUAAGAGAAAAGUUAAACCUUAGAUUUAUGGCAAUAUAUGUACCCGCUUUUUGGAGUCUUGAAAGAGCUACCUUACACAAACAUAUAUUCACUCUUAUAAAUUUUAGUCUUAAAAUCUUUCCAUAUCAUCAUAAUGGGCGACUUCAAUACUGUUUCUUGGAUCUUUAUGAUAUCUCUCAAGAUCCUCACCCACAUAUAAAAGUAAAAGCAGAAAUAACAAUAUCAGUUCAAGCAGAAAAGAUGAUAUUUUCACCUUGA